UCCUCUGUCUCUCGCUCUCCCUCUUUUGUUGUCGUUCGUUGCUGCUAAUGGUUUAGCCCACAAAGCCAGUCAUUGCUGGCUCUGCUGCCAUGGCUACCAGGAAAUACUCUCGGCCGCCAGAGAGUAGUAUAUGUGUGUGAGAGAGAGGGAGAGAGAGAGAGAACGUGACAGUCCAGAGCUGUGAGAGACCACCACACAGAACACAACAACAGAUUAAUUAGAACAGGUUUGAGUGGUAGUGGUAAGUACCCAGAGCAGACAGGGACCGGAGACGGCAGACAGGGACCGGAGACGGCAGACAGGUACCAGAGACGGCAGACAGGGACCAGAGACGGCAGACAGAGUAUCUGGAAAAAUGGCUUCCUGUGGGUCAGCAACCCUCCUCCUGCCUCCGGUCAAGAGUGUGAUCGUCUACAGGAACGGGGACCCCUUCUACUCCGGCAGGAGGUUUGUAGUCAACCAUCGACAGGUGUCCACCAUGGAGGCGUUUCUCAAUGACGUGACCCACUGCAUUCAGGCGCCGCUGGCCGUGAGGACCCUGUACACCCCCCGGCAGGGUCACCGGGUCAGGGAGCUGCAUGACCUCCAGACCGGGGCCCAGUACGUGGCCGCAGGCUUCGAGAGGUUCAAGAAGCUUGAUUAUUUGAACACAGGGCUGAAGAAGCAGCCUGUACCCAUGGGAGAAGGAGCUCGGGCAAGAUUACUUCACAGACCGAAUGUGUCAGCAAAAUGGAGAAAGUAUAUUCCUCUACCCUGUAUCAUACAUGUUUUCCGCAACGAAGAUCUUCGCUGCUCGCCAUUCCGUUUCAUAAUUCCCAGGACCUGGCAGCACGACCUGGAUCAGAUCCUCGGUCUAGUCACAGAGAAGGCCAGUUUACGCACUGGAGCAGUGCGCAGGUUGUGCACUCUAGAGGGUGUAACUGUGUCCAGUGCAGACGAGCUGGUGAGUGGCCAGUUCUACGUGGCAGUGGGAGCAGAGAGGUUCAAGAAGCUUCCCUACGUGGAGCUGUUGGUUCCUAAAGCCUCUGAGAGAAAUUACCCUGGAAAUAGAAGGCUGUCAAGGAGAUAUAAGGGCAGGAAGGCAGCCAGUGGCCCUGAGGACAGCUUCAGUGACUCUGCUCUCCUGGACUCUCCAGAGUCAGAUGGGCGGAGGGUGAAGUCCACUGGGGAUGAGGUGGGGGAGACGGCUCUCCCAUCCAUCCAGAGGAGGCCAGUGAAGGAGGAGAGCUCUAUCUUCUACGCCAAACCAGUGAAAGUCCGAGUGAGGAACAGAGGCCAUCCCAGGCCUCCACCAAGGACUGGACCAGCCCAGGCCAGUGUGUUCAGAGCUGUACGGAGGAAGAGAGCGGAGGUGCAGGGGGCUGAGGAGGUGCUGGAGGAUGAGAACACAGCAGUAGAUGUUCCCGUUGACCAGAGAGUGGCAGAGACAGUAGAGGACGAGGACCUUAUUGGGAGAAAUCCUCCUCAUUCCAACAGCCAAGAUCAGAUUUUGACCAAGGCUACAAAAGAUCCCCUUCCUCACCCAGAACACCCAGACAAGUUGGAAUCAUUGACUGAGAAAGACAGGAACUCACCUGAAAAUACCAGCUCUUCAAUCUGCAAAGAGAAUGACAUCGAUGGGAGCCCUACGCUUGAUACAGAAAUGCCACAGGGAGUCCUCAUACCCUCCACCAGACACCGUAAUGAAGCAGUCCGGUCCCCUCACCAGACACAGUAAUGAAGCAGUCCGGUCCCUCCACCGGACACCGUAAUGAAGCAGUCUGGUCCCUCCACCAAACACGUAAUGAAGCAGUCCGGUCCCCCCACCAGACACCAUAAUGGAGUAGUCCGGUUCUCAGAAUGGGCCCGUGGUUGAUGAGGAGAGUGGAGGAGAGUAACAAGAUCAUUGUUUGUAUAAUCUACCAUCUAUUGUUUUCAUUAGUAAACUGAGAAUCCAAAAUGCGAAUGUAUUCUUUAUUAUAUUGACAUAUUUUGCAGGAAAUACUGUGGUACAGUAAUCAGGUAAUCUAUGUAACGUUUCUUUAAAAAAUAAUAUUAAUGACGCACAAUGCUUUUACUUUGAUGGAAAGCGGCAAACAGAUUGUAAACAGGAAAAAGUAUUUUUGAGACAAUAAGAGAACAAGUAGGACAUAGUUCUGUAUUAUUCAGUUAUAGAACAUAUACAAUGAAUGUAAAGUAUUCUGUUUUAUCAAAAUAUACUUUAAUAUCUAAUGGAAAUAUACAAUAUGAAAUAUUUCAUAUCUUACAAAAAACAACUGCAAUGUSCUCUGUGGUUGUACAGUACAAGCGUUUUGGUUGACUCAAACAAUUCAUAUGCUAUUAUUUCUGAAUAAAACGUGCAAUACAACAGUAAACAGAAUACAGUUUUUUCCCCACAAAAUAUACACUACCAACAUAUCACUUUGCACCUAACACUUUGCAGUUUCGUAUCAAAAUAAGCUCUUUACAUACAUUUAAAAAAUGACGAUGUAAUGUUUGUCAUCUAGAUGCACAGUAGAAGCAUUGAUUAAAACAACUGAACUCUGGUUGGUCCGUUUUCCAAACCAACACAUUGACUGUGGUCUUCUGCAGUUCUAUAGUGUUUCUAUGGGCAUUCACACAGCAUGGCAUCAGAAUGACUAGAGUAGCUGGCUGGAAUGAACCCUAAUUGAACUCACAGUAGUUAUAAGGUAUGGGAUUAACCACAGCCCUGUGCAUGCUGAGUUCCCGCUAAAUUAAUUUACAUACUCAUUCACACAAUGUCCAAUCCCUACUGCCUGGCUGGCAGAGGUCAG